AAACAGUGAAAAUUCUGUGGGAGCGCGUGAAAGCGCAAAAUUCGGUGUUUAGUUGGUGAUGAGCAUAUUAGAAAUGUUUUGAACAGGUGGGAAGUGUGUGCUGUGCAAGUCAAAAUGUGGCUGCGAAGCGAAACUAGGGAUCGGAGACUACGUUCAAGUAGUACGCGAAGCGCGGUUAAGUUCAAAUCAUCACUCAAGGUGGCUAGCCAAAAGGCAAAGAAGAGUUCCGCUGUCGAACUCGUAGUGUCCUCGUCCCGGCGUGCUGUUUCAUCAUCAGUGUCCAAAUGUCGCACGGAUGUGUCGACGACAGUUGCCGCCGAACCGUCGUCCACCGUUGUCGGACGGUGCAAAACCGCCGCGCCUGCUACACCUUCUAGAUCGAUCGGUUCCCGGCGCACAACCGGCAAGGCAACGAGAAACCAUCGCCCAACUGCUGGCGGUGACGAUGGUAGUAAGGCGGACGGCCGUGCAGCUGUCGUAACGAUUACGGACGAUUGCAAGGAGAAUUGCUGGCAGGAUAAUAACGAUCUCACCCUGUUUGAUGGUACCACCGUCAUCGACCAGAAACACAUCGAAGAUUCACCCACACACUCCGGCUGUCCUGCACAGCAUCUGCCUGGAGAGGAUGUUUCUUCCAACAAUGGGCUACCGCAUACCGAACCGAAUUAUUCCACCGACCCCACCAAUUGUGGAUUAUACUCGAAGAAAGUUACCGACGAUCUGGGAUCGGCCGAGGAUGCGCUUAACCAGUUCGGUAUAAUUUCGUACGAUUCCAACAAAAACACACUGUUGGGUCACUCGAUCGUGUUGCCACCGAUCAGUACUUCGUUCGUGAGCAGCGUUGCCGGUGCAUCCUGCUCGCAGGUAGAACAGCAACCACUAAACUCUAAAUGCAUCACCGAAUGCGAUAGUACAACGGCGGACCUGGGCAACGAUGUAUCGGGCGGUUGUAUAAGUAAUGUUAAGGAUGUAGUAGUAAACGACAGUUGCUGCGUGGAAGAGGAUACAAUCCUGCCGUCCACAUCGUCUGAGGGAAACUUUCCAAAGUCAAGUGCAAUCAUAUCUUCUCAAUCGCUCGAUAUCGUUGUACCGGAGGUCGACUCAACAACGGACACGGUACCUCCGGAUACGUCUUCUGUUAAUCUUAUGGACGGCGAUAUGAUCGCCAAUUUCCCUCUAAGCGCUUCUUCCAUCGGACUAGCUGGCACAUCGAUGUCGUCCUCGUCGUCAUCUUCAUCAUCUUCGUCUUCGUCGUCCUCAUCGUCGUCGGCUUCGUCAUCAUCCUCGUCGACAUCGUCCUCAUCAUCUUCGUGCAAUACAUCACUAGGCGCUUCAGUAUCCGCAGUGUCGAUGGCAGCUUCCUCGCUGUCAUCGAACUUCCAACCCAUCGCGUAUAGCAACUGCUCUUCACUGUCUGCCACAGGGUACGAAGAGCAACCGCAAUCCAGCUAUUCGCCAAGCCAGACUGCGGCAGCCGUUGCAGUAGCGUCCGAUUUGAUUUCCAUGUUCGACGAAGAACACUACAAAAAUGCUACCGAUCUCGGCCAGUUCACGGAUUUUACUUACAAUGCUCUGAUCACCCAGGCACUGCUAAGCUGUGGCGAUGCGGCAGCUGCAGCGGGGCUAAACUUGAACUGUGGUCAAUCGAGCACGGACGGUUUGAACGAUUCCGCCUUUUUCUCGUCGCUCAAUACGACGGCAAUCGAGAAUCUGAAAGCAUUGACGUCUCUGUCGGGUAUUGGCCAUAACAUGGAUGGAAUGAUGCUAGACGAAAGUGCAAAUACAUCUCAUAAUCUUGGGACGGUGGGAUAUAUGACGGAAUACGGCGGUGUUCAUCAGGAGCAACAGCUCCAUCUGCAGCAUCAUCGAGCAAUGCAUGGAUCCGAGCAGGAAUCGCUGAUCCACAAUAUUGAGUGCAAUGAAUCAAUUCCCAUGUGCGGCGAUGACACUGAGGCAGCUAUGCAGCUUGAAAACAACGAAUGCAUAGAAAUGGAUGAAUCAAACGAUGGGCAACACGACGAUGCGGCUUACAGGGCUUUUGAUCCUUAUUUGUUCAUUAAACAGCUUCCUCCGUUGACAUGCGAAAUGCGUUCCAAAUGUCCUGCAUUGCCCUUAAAGACACGGUCCAGUCCCGAGUUCAGUUUGGUGCUCGAUCUGGACGAAACGUUGGUUCAUUGCAGCCUGAUGGAACUAUCCGAUGCGAGCUUCAAAUUUCCGGUGCUAUUUCAAGAAUGCAAGUACACUGUGUACGUUCGGACCAGACCAUUUUUUCGCGAGUUUCUCGAGAAAGUAUCGCAGAUGUUCGAGGUGAUUCUCUUCACAGCCUCGAAGCGGGUCUAUGCCGACAAGCUACUCAAUCUGCUUGAUCCUGAUCGACGGCUCAUUAAGUAUCGUUUGUUCCGCGAACAUUGUGUCCUAGUCAACGGGAAUUACAUUAAAGAUUUGACUAUUCUGGGACGAGAUCUCUCCAAGACCAUUAUCAUAGAUAAUUCUCCCCAGGCAUUUGGAUACCAACUAGAGAAUGGUAUCCCGAUAGAGAGCUGGUUCGAGAAUCAAAGCGAUUCGGAGUUGAUGAAAAUUUUACCGUUUUUGGAACGCCUUGUGGAAAUGCGCGAAGACGUUCGUCCACACAUCCGUGAAAAGUUCCGACUGUUUUCGUUUCUACCACCGGACUAAGGCAACUCCAUUACGGUGCACUUUUGUUGUUUUUUUUUACAUAUAUUUAAUCUCACUUCUUUGUAUAAGACUCGUUUAAAUCCAAUUAUGUUUGAAUGAGCUGUUUUCCUAUGAAACCUUCGUCGUCAAACGAAAUAUGCUGAAACACAUAAUUACUCAAGUAAUAUUUACUAUGUACGACGUUUAGUUACACCGGACAAAUCUCUUUAAAUAAGCAUACACAGCUAAAAUCAAAUCGUGGUGUAAAGCUAGUAGAAGUACGAAUGAGAAGUACGCGGGAACACUUGGCGUGUUGGUUUGUGUGUGUUAUUGAUACAUUCAUGUUAAUGCAAGUAAAAAAAAGAAGUAGUAUGAACAAGAUACGUUAAGAUACGGACGCGUUAUGCACAAGCGUAUAGUUUAAAUGACAAAUUUACUUAAGGAAUUAUAUGCUAACACACAUCCCAAACAUGUUCAAAGAAUACAUCAAAUGAACUCAUCAUUACAAAUCCAUCAAUCCACCCCCAUACUCGAAAAGGCGGGAGCAGAAUAGGAAAUUCGAUUUAAUCAAUAAUGGUAGCAAUAUGAGAAACAACUUUAGCAGCAUAGCGGUUUGUAACCGAACGCGUACUGGUGUACGUUCAUUUUGCUUUUGCUUAUAAGUUAUUUAAUGCGGUAUCGUUGCAAUUUUUCAGUACUCGUCCCUUGAUACUUGUAAGAAGCGAUAGGACAAAAUAAUUGAUAAAUGAUAUAUAAUAACGAACAAACAAAUCAACGGAACGAUGCCAUAGUGAACAGAACAAAUUACAAACAAAAAAAACAAUAUUAGUAUCAGAUGCAUUACUUACUAUAUGGCUGAACAUGAGCACAUGAAUUACAUACAUAUAUCAAUACACGCAGUUUAAAUUCACUUAGUCUAAAUGUAACAAUGAAACAUAAUAUUUAACAGGUACGCGAUAGAGCGUCGUCUCUUAAGUAAAGUAAUUUUUGCAAUGUGAAGAAUGCAAGGUAGGAAUGCUUUAGUUACGAUGGAAUUCCUGGUUAUAUUUGAUCACACAUACGUAGAGCAAGAGCGUAGCGAGAAAGUUAAUAUUAUUACGAUCAUACGAUUAUGCAGAUCGAUCAAACAUUGUUACAUGAAAAUGUUUCUUCCGUUUUCUUUUUAAAUAUUAUACCUAGCUUGUAGUGAUAUACAUAUAUUUUUAUUUAUUAACUCAUGCAAAUGACUUCAGCAAUGUUUGUACAAAAAGGAUUUACGAAACAUGUUUCCACGAUGGAGCAUGCAAUUGUUUUGUUGAGAUAGAGAGAAAGAGGGAGUGAAAGUGUAGGAGAGAAAAUCGUGUAAAAGGUAUCAAAUAUGAAACUUUAAUUCAAUCUGUUUUCUUCAAUACCGCAACAGGCCACCUUGAAGGUGUGAUGUUUCAUACUUCAUGAUAACGUGUAUAGAAAAAUAUCUCCUAAUAAUAGAGAGGAUUACGCGUACCUAUUGUUCAUUUCGAGAAAGGUUUAUGAUGUUCUAUGAAUGCCGACAAAUGCCAUGUUCAUGCGUAUGCGCUUUGGCCGUUUGAGUAAAAGGUUGUGAGGCUGCAUUUGCGACAAAAUUAGAAUGAUCAGCUUUGCAGAAUCAUUUCUCGCAUGAUCCGCUAUUUCUCGAUCGAAAUCGAGCGUUCAAUCGCCCUAAUUACGUGCCCCACAAACUAUAGCAAACACACUACAGUUUCUCUUCGUUCUUCCGUCAUAUUUGAUUACUGUAUUGAUGAGAAUUAUUUCAUAUGUAAUAAACAAUUUAUUUCUCUUAAAA